GAUGACCUUAAAGUAAAGUGAAAGGGGGACUUGGUACGAGAUAGCUACGUGUUCGUCUCCAGAUAGUUCAGUUUAGUUCCAAAAUGGCUAUGUUUUAUCGUAGCUCCCGGCUUCUUAUUUACGGUGCUUAUUGAUGAACUAGUAUAAUUAAUUAUACAAAAGAUUGAUUGAAGAUUAAUGAUAAAAUAGGAUGAAAUUUCGAACAAGUGUUUACGCGAUCUUCGCAGCUUUCUCCAUUAUCACGAUUCAAGAAAGUGUUGGGAUUCUUCGAAGAUGCGUGAGCUGUAGAUCAAGAGGAGAACUGGGUUCCUGUAAGGAUCCUUUUACCAUGAAUUCUACGCAAAUUGCGCUUGAAAAAGGAGUAGAAGCAGUUCCAUGUGUUUCUGGAUGGUGUGGGAAGAUCAUUGAGAGUCAAAAUUUAAAUAAUGAAUAUGGUACUGCUACGCAAAGACUAUGCUUCCAACGAGGUCCCGACGAUACCGAAGAAAGAUGUGCUUAUACUGUGUGGAAUUACAGAAAAGUUUAUAUGUGCCUCUGUUAUGGAGAUCUUUGUAAUGGAGUCAUGAGAAUAAGCGUCAUUAACAGGUUUUUAAUAACGAUAGCUAUAUGUUUAAUACGAUGGUUGGUUUGAGGACAUAAAUCAUUAAUCUGUUAUAAAUGAAUGAGUACUUAAAUGAAUAAUUAAAAAUUCUUGUGAGUAUUUUGUAAAGUAUGCAAAAGAUUUUACAAAAUCAGCAUUUUAGUAGAUAUGUUAUAUA